AUCAAUACACAGGCUGUGUGGCGGUGUGAUGUUGCUGCCAUGGCGUGUGGGGGCAGCGCUGAUUGUGGUUGUCGCCGCAGGGCUGGCAGCGGUGGACGAUGACGUUUUACACAUCGGCGGGAUCUUCCCCAUCGCUGGUCAAGGAGGUUGGCAGGGAGGACAGGCUUGUGAACCAGCAGCAAAUCUAGCUUUAGAAGAUGUCAACAAGGCUAAAGAUUUACUGCCAGGAUACAAGCUCAAGCUUCACUGGAAUGAUAGUGAGUGUGACCCAGGCCUGGGGGCCUCAGUCAUGUAUAACUUGUUGUACAACAAACCGCAGAAGCUCAUGUUACUGGCCGGCUGCAGCACAACAUGCACUACGGUCGCAGAGGCCGCAAAGAUGUGGAAUCUUGUGGUGUUAUGCUAUGGAGCCAGUUCCCCAGCGUUGUCGGAUCGUAACAGGUUUCCGACGCUGUUCAGAACUCACCCGUCGGCCACUGUACACAACCCUACACGCAUCAAACUCAUGGAGAAGUUUGGAUGGUCCAGAGUGGCUAUACUGCAACAGGCCGAGGAGGUCUUCAUCUCGACCGUGGAGGACCUGGAAGCCCGUUGUAAGGAGAGUGGUAUAGAGAUUGUGACUCGUCAGAGUUUUCUGAGCGAUCCAACUGACGCAGUCCGCAACCUGAGACGACAAGACGCUCGUAUUAUCGUGGGGUUGUUCUACGUUGUGGCAGCCAGGCGGGUUCUAUGCGAGAUGUUCAAGCAACAGCUCUACGGCAAAUCUUAUGUCUGGUUCUUUAUAGGCUGGUACGAGGACAACUGGUUCGAGGUGCAGAUGGAGAAAGAACAUAUAGAGUGUAGCAAGGAGGAUAUGAGACGAGCAGCCGAGGGUCACAUCACCACAGAGGCGCUCAUGUGGAACCAGAACAAUCAACGGACCAUAUCCGGCAUGACCUCGGAAGAUUUCAGAGUGCGCUUGAAUGAUGUUCUGCGGAAGGGAGGAUAUGAUAUUGACAACCUAAGGUAUCCAGAGGGAUAUCAAGAAGCCCCAUUGGCUUACGACGCUGUGUGGUCAGUAGCGUUAGCUUUUAAUAAAACAAUGCAGAGGUUAAGCAGAGUUGGGAAAACUCUGAAGAACUUUACGUACACUGAUAAAGAGACUGCUGAUGACAUUUAUUCUGCCAUCAACUCAACUCAAUUCCUUGGCGUAUCUGGUUACGUGGCCUUCAGUUCCCAAGGUGACAGAAUCGCUCUUACCCAGAUAGAGCAAGUGAUCAACGGAACUUAUGUCAAGCUUGGUUACUACGACACUCAAGCAGACAAUCUCACGUGGUUCAACCGGGAAAAGUGGAAAGGUGGGAAGGUUCCCCAGGAUAGAACAAUAGUCAGGAGGGUCCUUAGAACCAUCUCGGUACCACUGUUUAUCUGUAUGUGGGCAAUCUCCAGCAUCGGAAUUGUUGCUGCGAUAUGCCUCAUCAUCUUCAACAUCUGCUAUAGACAUCGCAGAGUGAUCCAAUCUUCCCAUCCUGUUUGCAAUACCAUCAUGCUUGUGGGAGUCAUCAUCUGUCUCUCGUCCGUGUUCUUGCUUGGACUUGACGGCCAUUUUGUCUCUCCCCUGGUCUACCCUCUCGUCUGCCAGGCUCGCGUAUGGUUCCUCUCGCUUGGAUUCACUCUCGCGUACGGAGCCAUGUUCAGCAAGGUGUGGCGAGUGCAUCGUCUCACUACCAAGGCGAAGUCUGACACUCUGAAAAAGAUCGAACCGUGGAAGCUGUACACGAUGGUGGGAGGUUUGCUCGUCAUAGACCUUGUGUUCCUCCUCGCCUGGCAGAUCUAUGACCCGAUGCAGCGGAGAAUCGAAGUGUUUCCUCUGGAAGAUCCGGUCAACACUGACGACGACAUCAAGAUCCGCCCUGAACUAGAACAUUGCGAGAGCGACAGCAACAAUGUGUGGCUUGGUCUAGUCUAUGGCUACAAAGGUCUAGUGUUGGUGUUUGGACUGUUCCUGGCCUAUGAGACUCGCAGCAUCAAGGUGAAGCAGAUCAACGACAGUCGCUACGUCGGGAUGUCCAUCUACAACGUGGUGGUUCUCUGUCUCAUCACAGCACCCGUCACUAUGGUCAUCGCUUCCCAGCAAGACGCUAGUUUCGCCUUUGUUGCCCUGGCUCUGAUUUUCUGCUGCUUUCUAUCAAUGGCCCUGAUUUUCGUACCAAAGGUUAUUGAGAUCAUUCGCCACCCGAGAGACAAAGCAGAGUCCAAAUACAAUCCAGACGUUGGUGUUUCCAAAGAAGAUGAAGACAGAUAUCAAAAACUCCUCAUUGAAAAUGACGAACUGCAAAAGUUAAUAUCUCAGAAAGAAGAGAAGAUCCGCCUACUGAAGCAGAGACUUACGGAGAAGGAGAAGGGCGGCGGAGGUGGAGGCGGAACUUUACCCGAGCAGACAGCCGGACUCCUGACGGAGGGGGAGGGUGGAGAUGCUGUGCUCUAAGUUCUACGUCUCGAAUUUUCACCUCGAAUUUUUCCCUCGACUGAAGAUACAGAAUUGACUCCAACAAAAUUGAUGUUGAAACAUGAUCUGUUGAAGUUUCAACAUUCAGUUGUGGUUGUUUAAAUCCGUAGCCUUAUGGAGUAGAUUGUUUAGGGAAUUUUUUAGAGUUAAAAAUUAUUUAUGAACUGUUGUGGAAUAGAUUUUUAAAGUAUUGUUUGUACUGUACAAGAUGCAACUGUGAUUACAGUAAUAGUUUUUAUUUGCUGGAAUUGUAAUACAAAAAAUGUUAAAAAGCCUCUGAUUGUUAAAAACACUAAGGUUAAGUUUAAACUAUUCAUUGAAAUUCUAACGUGUAUAGUAUAAAUAAAUAGAUAAAAGUUUACAAGAAAAAAAUUUUUAAAAAUUAUUGUGAUUUUGUCAAAAGAGUACUUUUAACAAAUAAAUUAGACUACUCAAAACAAUCAAUUGUUUACUAUAUUUUUUUCCUAAAUAUAUUCGAUCAAAAAAUAUAUUAGUUUGUUUGUAGGAUGUUAUAUUAUUUGUGCCAAUUUUGUAGUAUACUUGUUUUUGUAUGUAGAUUGAUUGAGUAGUGUUAUUCUUAUGUAGAAGAUAUGUUGCCAAUAGUUGAUAUUCUAGAUUUUUUUGUACUUGUUAUAAAUACCUGUUUAUUUAAAUAAUAUUUGUAAAUAAUUCAUUGGGAAUAAAAGAUAUUUU